AUGCUGUUCAAUCUUGGUUUGACUGUGGACGCCGCAGCCCACCACCCCUCCACGCCCGAAGCGACGACCUCCUCGUCCAAGCUGGCGUUCGCUCGCCUCCCCUCGAUCGGUCUGGGGGCUCUCUGGAGCAAGCACCAGACCCAGCAGACAUCACAGACCGUCCGAACGCCUGGCGGCGCAGGCACAUGCACGAUCGCCCUCGACACCCCGCGCAAGCCCUCGGUGGCCAGGUCCAAGGUCUCGUACCAGCUGGCGCACCCGGCGAGCAAUGCGCGCCAUAAGCGGUUGCGCAUGCGGCCCCGACUGUUGCUGCAGGUCCAGCAGCUGUCCAACACCUCGCGCCCCAUCCCCAUCAUCGACGUGCUGCCCUCGAGCGUGUUUCUACCACGUCUGGCCCGCAAGUUCCCUGCCAUCUUCCGGGGGAAGAACAGACUGGGUCCCAACGACUUGAUCCUGGUCACCAGCGAGCUGUACGACCGGUCGGAACAGUCGGGUUCGGAAGAGGAGUACAAUAAUAUUACUACUACAAGCAAUGACCGCGACGUCGUCGCAACCAUCUGCCAGCUGGAUGCCCGCGCUCGCGGCAAGGCGGAGAUCUGUCUCAACCACGGACCCGUCUGGGAGGCUACACCCUUGGCCACCGGUUCGUACGAGUUUGUCGCCCAGACCAGCAGCGGCGUGCAGACCAUCCGUUGGGUUCUGCGCCCGGGGAGCAAGCGUAGCAGCCGUAACACACCAACUCUUAACAGCUUGAAUAACAACAACAACAACAACAACAACAAUAACAAUAACAGCAAUAACAAUAACAAUAGCAGUGUGUCUUCCGACGACGGCAAACGCUUCACUUUCAGCGUGAUCGACCCCAACUCGCGCCGCCACCCGGUCAUCGCCUCGAUGACCCGCAACCAUCUGGACGUGUACGACCGGUACUCUCUCCCCUCUGCUGCAUCUAAUGUGCCGCUCUCGCCCAGCUCGGCCAUGUCGGUGAUCAGCGACGCCUCGGAUCUCGAGGCCGUCCCGAUCGGCACAGACGACGACCUGCGCGCCCUGAUUCUCGUUACGGGGAUCUGGGUUGCUUUCCGCGAGGGUUGGUCAAAUACGUUUUCCUAUGACGAUUCCUCCUCGAAACUCUGUCCUCGAGAGAGGGGGAGUAGCAUAAGUACCAGCAUCGGCAUGGGUACGACGAGUACACCAGAUGCUCAGACCGAACCCACCAGUCCAACAAACCGCUACUCAACCCCCAGUAUCAGUCGACGCACCACUCUCUCCGAAAACACAAGCAAACCCAACCCGUUUGGCAGCCUGUCGCGCCGGUCGAACUCGACGGGCGCCUUCCGCGGCGAGAACUCCAACGCCGCAGCCCUGAAUCGGCACAGCAUGUUUGAAUCCACGGCGCAGUCUCCCUUCAAAGUCGGAGGGAGUACCCGUUCCCGCCACCGUGUCGAAGACAUGUAUACCGUGGUAGAACCUUCUGACGCUCUAGAAGAGCAGCAGGAGCAGCAGCAGGAGCAGGAGCAGCAGCAGGGAUUCCCAGAGCAGGGAGAAGAGAAAAAACUCUCGCGGUCGAAGAGCAGGAGGCGGCGCCUCGGGGGGAUUUUUGAUUUUUUAACGCGUCGAGCUCGUUGA